ACAGCAUCCAAGAACACGAAGCAUGAGGGACAGAAGAGGGCCCCCCUCGGCACCUGCCUGGCACAAGUGCAGUGGGCCGGAGGAGGUGACUCGGACAAACUGUCAUUCAGCCUUAAGAAAAUGCCGAUGGAGGGCCCUUGGCCUGCAGAUGCACCCUCCUGGAUGAAUAAGCCCGCGGUUGAUGGAAAUCAGAGUGAGGCAUUAUCGCUGGAAAUGAGAAAGGAUCCGAGCAGGGCUGGCCUCUAGCUUCCCAGUGGCGGCCCAGUUCUUCCACAUGUGAAAGAAUCAGCAAGAAGAAAUCCAGCCUCAGCAGCCACUCCGAGCACAGUCGUGGGUUUGUUCCCUGCUCCAACAGAGUAUUUUGCUCGGGUGUCCUGCAGUGGUGUUGAAGCUCUGGGGAGGGACUGGCUGGGAGGAGGGCCCAGGGCCACCCACGGCCACAGAGGACAGUGCCCCAAAGGAGAGCCUCGGGUGUCAUGACUGCCAUGCCAUCAAAAACUGCCGGAAAUGGGAAGUUUUCAGGAUGACCCACCAAGUGCUUUUCCCAAGGGUCUGGGCUCUGAGUUGGAACCGUCUUGCCUGCAUUCCAUCCUGUCUGCAACACUGCAUGCAUGUCCUGAAGUGCUCCUGAAUGAUAAGACAAAACGCGUUUUCCUUGACCGUUUAAACCCCAUGUUUUCAAAGCAAACAAUAGAAUUCAAGAAAAUGCUUAAAAGCACCUCAGAUGGUCUGCAGAUAACACUGAGGUUACUGGCUCUGCAACAUUUUGAAUUAGCAAAUUCAUUAUGCCAUAGUUAA